AUGAAAAGAGAUGUUGAGUGUUAUACAAAGGCUGAAGAACUUCGUAAAACAACAAAAAGGAAACUUCUUCAAGCAAAGCGUAAAAUUAAACGUCUGGAAAAGGAAGUACAAAAAAUGAAGAGAUUUCCAAGUGCAAUAAGGAAGCUUUUUUACGAUGAUCAGAUAAAACUUUUGUGCGGAUAUUAUAAAAAAGUUCCGGUUUGGUGCAAUGAAACUUUACAGAAGGCAUAUAGAUAUAAAUUCGCAUGUGGCAGUUCUGGUUACGAAGAAAUAACUCGCGAUUUACCCUUACCAUCAUUACGAACGCUACGUAGACGACUUCAAAGCUUACAAUUUGACAGCGGUAUUUUAAACGAGGUUUUUGAUUUUUUAGCUAUUAAAGUGUCUCAGUUUCAAAGCGGAUUAGAUAAAUUUUGUGGUAUAAUCUUAGAUGAGAUGAAGAUCACUCCUGGUCACACAUUCGAUCACUCGACUAAUACUUACCUAGGUCGUGCAACACUUUCUAAUCAAUUAAAACAAUAUGAUACUGCUACGCAUGCUUUAGUCAUAAUGUUAGGAGGUAUUGGUAGCAGAUGGAAGCAAGUAGUUGCGUAUUACUUUACAAGUAGUUCGGUAAACACUUUACAGCUAAAAGAAAUCAUUGAAGAAAUAAUAAAUAAGGCUGAAGCUAUUGGCCUUCGUGUGCUCAGCGUGACGUCUGAUAUGGGGUUUAUGAAUAUGGGUUUAUGGAAGUUGUUCG